CAGGGAAUUAAACAUUCUUCAGGUACCUUCAGUUUUAUUUAGAACUUAUUCAGGUUAUACAAUCUUUGUUGUGAUAAUUUUUCAUAAGUGCCUGUUUAAUAUCAGUGUACAUUUAUAUCGUUAUUUAAUCAGAAUUUAAUGUUAAAUGCAUGUGACUUGAAAUGAAGCUGAGUGUGUUUGCUCCCGGAGUUUUUGCCUCUCUGUAACACAAAACGAAAUGGCGUCCCUCCCACAUGGUAGUAUGUAACCGGGUACGAGUGGUUAAAUCUUAUUUGUGAAAAUUGUUUUGUUAUAUUCUUUCUUCAUUAUUUCAUCCAUAAACAGCGCUAAAUUUUUAUUUCUCAUUCUAAAGGGGUUGUACAUAAUUGUAUAUAAUUUGAAACUUAACAACUAAACAAUGAGUUUACCAAGUAAAGUUCGAAAAGCCAAGAACACUGAAAAUUCGCAAACAACAAAAGCUUCUAAAGCUGACAACAAACAAGAAUCUAUGAAACAAUCAGAAAAGGCACAGCCUACGGCUGAACAAAUGAGGAUAGCCCAAAUUAUUGACACUAAGACAGAAGACCCUUAUUUGAAGGAAAAAUUAAAACAGGUAAUGGAUGCUACUCAGAAAUCAAUAGAUGAUGCUUAUACAGCAUUGCACGAUUGUGAUAAUGAUCCCAAUAGAGCUGUUAAUUUAUUAUUGGAGGGCAUUGAAAGUGAAUGGUCCACUUCAUCAAAGAAAAAAAAGAACAGAACUUCUGCAGAUAAAAAUUCGAAAGAAAAAGAACAAACAUCAGAUGCUCCAGCCGAAGAAGAAAACUGGGAUCAAAUAGCGAAUUCAAAAUUAACAGCAAACAGUAAAACUGGAAAUAUUCGGGGAAGAGGAAGAGGUUUUAGAGGAGGACGACAAGCGAGUGAUUCUCAAAGUAAUGAUACUAGUGACCGUUCUAAAAGGACCUCAAAAGUUCUUAAUGGCCCAAUCAGGGGGCGUGGUAGUAGAGGUAGACCGCAGAGUCGAGGUUUUGGACGAGGAAGAGGAACAUUUAGGAGGCCUAUUGACACUUGGGAUCCUCAGCGACCCCCUGUAUCUUCCAAUAUUAACCAUGAUAAUAACUCAGAGGAUUGGGAUAAUGAGGAAUAUACUGGCUCUUUGGCAAAUAGUCAGAUUUACACGUCAUCUGGCACCGGGAAUUCGCCACCCUCAAUCAAUAGUUCUUUACUUGGCAAUAAUAAUAUUGUUACUGAUGACUUCGAAAAAAAGAGUCAGUUACAAGUUGACAUCAAUUCUGGGAAAACUGGGAGCAAUUUAAGUAAAAAUCCAGAAUUAACUUCAUUAACUAUCCCAUUUCAUCAAACGUACACAGCUCUUCCUGAACCAGCCAUUACUUCGCCUGUUGGUGUGCGAUCUCCUACUAUGGGAUCAAAUUUAAUUAUGAUAUCUCCAAGAGCAGAAAGAACUUCUUUAUUAAUUUCGAAUCAGAAUAAAGAAGAAUCAAAAAUUUCUGAAAAAGCAAUAACUCCACCAAUGGGAGUGAGAUCUCCUCCAAUGGCUACUAAUUUGAUCAUGAUGUCACGGAAUGAUAGAACGAGUAUUAAUAAUCAGGAAAUACGAAUGCAUAGACCAAGGCCAAAAAUUCCACCUCCAUCAAAGAUUCCUGCAACUGCAGUAGAGAUGCCUCCAGAUUCUGUAGAAAACAAUAUUGGACUUCUUGAUGUACAAUUUGGUGCUCUGGAAUUAAAUGAAACAAAUGAAUCUGUUCAAGUAUCACCUCCAACACCUCAUCAUUCUCCAUCCCCAGUUUCUUCUGAAAAACUGUUGCCUCACCAAUCGGGUGCGACAAGUGAUUCCCUCCUACUGAAUGAAACUAGUUUUAGUCCUGUAAGGAAUAAUGGUGCAACAUCCAUUUCACAAAUAAGUGAUUUAACUGCCAAAGUUUCUGACGUUUCAUCUAGUUUAUAUCAAGAACCUACCUACCAAACAUCGCCAUAUUCAAAGACAGCUCAACAAUCUCCAUCCGUUUAUAGUUCAUCGUACUCUUCUGGUCAGAUGACAUCAACUAGUAGUAUAAUAUAUAGUACUAGCUCAAGCCAGAGUACGUAUUCUUCAUCAACUGGUGGAGUGUAUGGUGGUAUAAGUAGUUCUUACCCACAUUACCAAUAUAAUAGUUAUCCAUCGCAGCAAACUCAGACACUUCCCAUCCUAACCAAUUCAACUAAUUCUUAUCAAAGUAUUGUUGGAAGUCAGCAACAAUAUGGUUCCAGUAGCCAAAGUGUCUAUGGUACAUCUGGUUUGCCUUCACAAUCUUACACGACGCCUUAUCAGACUUACAACAGUAGUGUACAACAUAAUCAUAAACAAGGAUUAGUUUCAUCAUCAUCCUCAAGCUCCAAAGAGUUUGAAACUUCUCAACCAAGUGUGAAUUUGAGCUCCAUUUCUCAUUCUGGAUCAAUAAACCCUACACCUACUCUUUUGUCUGCCACUCAAACUACUCCUACAUCAAAACCUACUAGUAUAUCAAGUAUGGGAAAAAGUACGGUAGUGACUAAUAUGCCUCCUGGUGUACCUCCAUUAGUGGGAACUCAGUACAUAAUGGGGCAAGGUGGAAUUCCAUAUUUUCAACAACCAAUGUACUAUGAAGACCUUCAGUUAAUGCAGCAACAAAGGCUUGCACCACAUAUUAGCACUGGAUAUUAUGAAAUGGGCUAUCCAACUUCUACUACAAGAGAAGGAGUUCAGUAUAACAUGAAUGAUGGUCGAUUUGCCAGAACUGAUAACACUUCACCUGUCCAAGCUUCAAGUAUAAGUCAACAGAGUGGAUCCCAGGCUCACCAACAACCCAUGAUGAACCAGCCUAUGCCUCCUGCCUAUGCUUACUUUUAUGGUGGAUCAGCAACCAUGAUUCCAGGAAAUUUCCAGUAUGGUGCUCCAACACUUUAUCCGGUGGCUGCUGGAGGUACAACUAGUACUCAUGGCAAUACUAGCAGUGGUGUUUAUGGAAAAGGUCCUAAUAACUUUUCGGGAAAUUAUGGGAUGUAUGAAAACAAUCAAGGUGCCAGUACUGGCAGUUCAGAUUUUAAAACGUCUACUUCAUCUGGUCCAAAAGUUCAGCCUACACAAACAGCUAAUCCUUCAACUACAUCUGAUAUAGCGGCAAAUAUAUAUUCAACAAAGUCACAUUCAGCUCUUUCCAAGUCAUAUGAAAAGCAAGGAUUCCAUUGUGCAACGCCACCCCCCUUUAACAUAGGAUCUCAAAAUUCAGGCAUGGGUCCCAGUGGAGGCUAUCCUCAACAUCUUUUUAUACCAGCUAUGACCCCUCAUCAUAACACCACUACUUUGAUGCAUCAGCCUAUUCAUCAAGAUGGAUCUAAUACUAUGAGUGGUAGAUCUCAAGGAAAUCAACAAGCUAAGGUGGUUAUGACCAAAGGGAAUUAUUCAUCUUCUACCUACUGGCCCCAGAAUUAACUUGUUUUCGUUAGUACGAUGUAUUGUUCAGUCAGAAUUUUUUUGUAAAUACCUAUCCUUUAAUUGUUUAAUAUUGUCAGUAUAUUGUAAAAAACAAAUAUAUAUGAAUGACUCCAAAAGAAAAAAUGAUUUAAAAACAGAACUGAUGUCAGCUUUCCUGAUUUACUGAUAAGGAUAAAUAGCUUUAAAAUUUAACUAAUUUUGAGGGAAUGAUUAGUCAGUAGUUAUAUGUUAAUUUAAUUUAUUGUUUCCUUGUUUUUCAUUUACGUGCAUUAAAAGGUCACUUCCAGUAUCUAUGACUCGUUAACCGCAUGUUUUUUUUUUUCAAGUUUUUGAAAAUAAAAAUCAAAGAUUUUAUUAUUUUAACUGAGUUGAAAAAACUAUUUAUCUAAUAUUGCAGGUGACAAAAGGUAAUUCACUAUUAUAAGAAUAAAAUAAACUAUUGUGGUUAAUUAUUUGUAUAAUAUAAAUGGUGAUUAAGGAAAUUCACUUUCUUUAUUAGUUGUUGACAGGAUGUUACUUAUAAAAUGGUCAAUAUCAGUUGUUGUCUUUUGUUGAACGGUUAUUAUUGUAAUCAAUAAAAAAAAAAACAUUGUAGAAGAGAAGGAACAUGAAAUAAAAUUUCGCUUGUUUUAUUUCUUGAAUAUCAAUUUAACAUAAAUGUUAGAAGAGAAACAAGUACUGAAAUCACCUAGCCAUGGUAAAAUUUAGUUUCUGAAUUCCUUUCAUAUUAUAAGUAUAUACAAGUUAGUUUGUUUUUAACUUCAAUACUCUAAUUUAAUUAGUAAUAUAUCAAUGUAAUUUUAUGAAAAUAAACUAUUUAUAACAUUUCUAAUAAUAUACAGUAUUAAUAUUGACCAUAUUAUCUAGAACAUCCCGUGUUUUUAUAAGUGUGCACAUAUGUUUUUUUUUUCUUAUUCUAGUUUGUAAAAAUGAAUCAGAAGAUUUUCAUUUUUCAUAUGACGGAUAUGUCUUGAUUAUUGUAUUCUGCUCAAAAAUGAAAUAAAAUAAAAAUUAACUAAGACAAAAUAUUAAGGACCAACCUAUUUAUUAAUUAUAUUUAAUAUGUUUUGAUAGUUAUCUGAUGUUGGUAAAUCUUCAAAUUAUUAAAUUUCAAAUAUCUGAAGUUAUUUUCAGUUCGAAAUAUUCUACUUUUACUACAAAAAAAAAAAAAAUGUAAAGAAACUAACUUUGUAUAAAUUGUUUUAUUAAUUGUUCUCAUUUUAGUGAUUAAUGUUAGUGAAUUUGAGUUUUCGAAGAUUACAUGAACUUAAUGUCCAAAGAAAGGAUAAUAUGAUUUCCAUUAUUAAAUUACAAAAAGAAAUACUUUGUUUAAAACAUAUUUUCUUUUUAUAUUUUGUGGCUUUUAAUGAAAUAUACAUCUUAAAUUUUUUUGUAUGUUGAAACUUAUGUUUAUUUAUUUUUUUUCUCUUUAUUUUAUGAUUGAUUAUUUUUUAUGUUAAAUAUAAUUGUGAUUAUCUUUUGAUCUGUUUCAAUUCAUGAAGUUUUGAAAUAUAAUAUUUAAUAUAUUUUUUCAUCGCAUUUAGUAAAUUUUGUUCUUGUUAUAGAUUUGAUGUAAUUUAUGAUGGCUGGAUUAAUUUAGUUCAUUGAAAUUAUGAUCAGAUUAUAAUUGUAAAAAAUAUUAUUCUCUUAUACGUAAUUUGAUUAUAAUUUCAAAAAUUAUAAGCCUGUAAAAUAACAACUGUGAUUGACAGGAUGUUACUUUAAAAACAGUAUAUUGUAUGCAUAUAAAAGUUGUUUGUAAAUUCACUUUCUUAAUUUUAUUUAUAGUAGUGUAAGAUUUUAAGCUCCUCUAUUAACAUCCAUUAUUUUAGUGCGAGCUAAAUUUAAAGUAUUGGCAUUAAUAUAAAUGCCAUUAAAUUUUUGUGUAUUUAUAGUUUUCGUAAGGAUGUGAAUUACGUUUAAUAUAAAAAUUAAUUUUCAAAUAUGUGUUUUUAUUUCAUUUGAUAUUCAAAUGUCAUUCAUCUUGUUAAAUAUAAGAAACCCUAAGUAAUUACAGUGUUGUAAGAAUUCAAACUAAUGUAAAAUAUAAAUAUGUACAAACAAAUGUAGAAUAUAUCAAAUAUAAAAUCUCAGUAAAGCUUUCUGUGAAAAAGUAAUGAAAGAAAGUGUUUCCAAGUGAAUGAUUCCAUUUAGUAGCUGAAAUUAAUUAUUCCUCCUUUUAUAUAUAAACACAUUUUUUUAAAUUUUAUUUUGGAUUUGAUCUUUCCACUGUGUUUCUAAUCGCUCUUAAUAUAAUAGUGUGCUUGCCAUGGUUUUAAUUCAAAUAUAAAACCAUACAAAAAUAUUUAUAAUUUGGUAUUUUGUUAAUUUUGAUACGUUACAAUGAAGGAAUAAAUCGAUUUUGAAAAUAAUGAAUUAUAAAUUUGAUAUAAAACUGGUUAUUAAGUCAAAUAAAAUAUUAAAGUGAUUAUCAAUCCAUUCAGAAUUUCCUCAGGAUUUUAUGUGGUCACUAAUAUUUUUUUUUCUUUCGGUUACACUAUGUCAAAAGUUUUUUGCUGAUUAUUAUGCGAUAUUAAGUAUCUUGCUGCUAUCUUUACUGAUUCAUUACUUUACAUUUGUAAGAUUUGAAACGUUUAUUGAAAGCAAAUUAGAGGUUUGGUUUUACAUCACAACUUCUCUACAUAUUUCAUCCAACCAUUUAGUUUUUUGGUUAAAUUAUUUUCAGCAUAAUGUGUGGUCUGUUUUGUUUAAAAAAAUUCAAAGCUUAAUCCUUUUGAGUGUGGCAGCUCAUUCGAUUGUUUCUACCAGAUGGUGAGUCCCGGAAUCAAAAAAGACGUUCUGAAAAAUGGAUUUUGUUUGUAUAAAUUAGCUUAAAAUACUAUUUUGAGACACCCCGCAAGAUUUAGCUUUCAAAAGUGCCUUUUAACCUUUUUAUUUAACUUUUAAUAAACAUAUGACUGACCUCCAGGCUGCACAUGGCAAUGAAAAAUUUCAAGCGACAAUCCUGUUACACUUUGCUGUCUUGCUUAUUUGCACAUUUAUUUAUUUGUUAGUUGACUGAGAUUCACGUUUGUCAAAAUUAGUAGUCAGUUAAAACCUUGGGUUCAGAAUAAAUCUACAACUUCCAAAUGGUCAGAUUCAGGAAUGACCGCAUUGAGUCAGC